AUGAAAACUCGAAGAAAGAGAACAUCAGAAUCAUUCCUUGCGUCUUUACCAGAAAUAGUAGACACAAUUCUGCGCCUUCUACCGGCCAAAACCCUUCGAACAACGUCAUGCGUGAACAGAAUGUGGUUUGAGAUUUCGAGACGUUUGCUCAAUGAGCGAGGUCGGUGCGUGAUAAAAUACUACGAUAACAGUUUUAUAUCGACGAAAGAAGUGGACGACCUGAUGGACAACAUCCGGGUCAACCCCAGCGUUGUGAUCUUAAUUAAUCAGCGCGAGAGCUGGCACUUACGAAGAGACCGAGAUGCCCGGAGAACCGAAGAGAGACACUUGGCCAGAACUUUAAAUAUUCUAAGUCGUAGGAUUCCAAAACAAUGUCUUCUCCUGGGAUGCACUACGGAAAGGAUUUUAUUAGAUCAACAACUCCCAAUUGCCAGGAAUCGCGCCAUCUUGCAUAAGCGUCAAGGCAACGGACUGAUUAUCUUACCGGAAGUGGAUGGAGUUCAAUACCAUCACGUGUAUUUAAGGCAGCCCAAGCCAGCUCGAGGACAAAGUUGGGCCGAGUAUUUUGGACUGGAUGCAUCGACACCUGCGAAGCUGGUGAUUCUUACUGCUCUAACGCACAGCAGAGAUUUUAUUCCACACAUUGCUGCAGGUAUUCGUCAAACGUAUGGACCACGUGUCGUAGUGCUUGGUGCGGUGGCUCACGAUCGCAUAUUUUUCGACGGAUUACUCAAAAGGACUCGCGUGACAGCGUUGUUUGUCAGCGGAAACGCAUUUCGAGCAUGCGCUAAGUUCGUGAACAAUAACCGCGACUCGCGUUUCUACGAAAGAAUUGAAAUCCUGACGGCCGAAGCGGCCGAAGAUGGCUACGAAUCGUUUUUCAAUAUGAUCAUUACCUCUCGCUUUAUAAGCAGGGGAAAUGCGUUCUACAUCAAUUCCAUAACCGCUUUCAAUCAACCAAUCACAGAAGCGCCGACCUUCGGGCUUCAUUCGUACGGAGAAUUCUGCCUUAGUUCUAAAGAUGUCGGCAAAACAAGACCAAACCCGUGUAAGAGAUUCAUGAAGUACAACACUGCCAUAUUUUGCGCAUGCUCAGUCAAAAAGGAAAGACGACCCGCGGGAUACUCGAUUACAGAAAGCUAGUCCCGAAAGACGUAAACUUGCAUUAACUCAUAGGAUAUGUUAUCGAUACGUCAAAUAUACUAAAAGUAUCACGCUUUUUGAAACUUCGAGAUUGAGGAAAUUCUUGGUCGCGUUGGCAUUGCAGUGCAUUGUGAGGUUGUUUAAGGGAAGGAAAAA